UCAGCAAAAGCAUAUGGGUUUUCAUAAGCACUUUCUCCUUUAUUGCUUUCAGCAGGUAUCUUCGAAUUGAGGAUGACCUACUUCCUCUCUAUUUCGAUGGGCUCUGAGAUGGCUGCCCUUCCUGACUGCUCGUCUCCAGGCACUCUGAUCAGCAGCAAGGGCUUCUCAUGCAUCUACUCUGAUCCUGGUCAACUUGAGAUCUUGGUUGCAGACGUCCUUGUAAUGUAAACAAUGAAACAGUUCAAGAGGAAGAGGAAAAGCAAUUUUACAAUGAAAGAAACCGAAACCUUGUUGAAGGAAGUGGAGGACAGAAGAGAUAUAAUUUAUACCCAACAUCAUGAUGCAAUAACCAAUGAGUUAAAAUGGAUGGCUUGGAAGGAGAUAGCAGAAAAAGUCAGUGCUGCAAGUGGUGGUGAACAGCGCACUGCAUAUGAAGUAAAGAAGAAAUAUACUGAUUUAAAAUGUUACCUGAAGAAAAGAGGGGAAUGCUUGGAUAGGAUGGAAGCCAUAAUGACUGGCUGUAGUCCUACUUCACUACAUGGUUUUAACCACAAUGCUGUCAAUGGUGAAACAUCUUGUAAGUUUGAAGAUUCAUUAUUGAUUGAUGAACCCAAUAGACCUCUUUGUGUAGUUAAAGUAGAAGAUGGUGAUGAUCACGAAGAAGAAGAAGAGGAGGAACAGGGACUGCAAAAUAAAGAGAUUAGGAAUGUGGCAGAAGAACCCGGUGUGCUCGCAAGCCCGCUUCCUACUAUUCGAACGCUUGAAGAGGUUGACAAUUUUUCAGAGGCAGAGGGGUGUUCUUCAAGCUCCGAUCAGCCUACAAUGGAGAAUUGCAAUUCACAUGCACUCUUCUUUAUAGAGAAACAGCGGUUAGAGCUGGAGAAACAACGUGUGGCCCUAGAAUCUGAAAGACUCCAGGUGGAGAAAGAGCGCUUACAAAUUGAAAAAGAAAAGUUGCGUUAUCUAGAUAUUGAAAAUGAACGGCUGCAGCUGGAAAAGGAACGCUUGCAGCUGGAGAAAGAACGCUUGCACAUCAAGAGAGAGAAAUUGAAGCUAUUGACCCUGCAGGCCCAAAAGUUACCACAAGAGAAGGAAUGUAACUUGCUGGCUGAAAAAACAAACUUAAAGUUGGUGGAUAUUGAAGCAGAAAAGUUGAAAUUGGAAAGAGAACGUUUACAGUUAAAGAAAGAAAGACUACAGUUUUUGAAUAUUGAGUCUGAAAAGCUCCAGAUCGAGAAAGAACGACUGAAACUUGAACGGGAACACCUGCAUUUGCAAAAAGAUUGCCAAAAACAAUGAUUCCAUUUAAUUAAUAGCAUAUUAUUUUUAAAACUCCAACUAAGCUAACCUAUCUUGUCCUUACUUUCAAAUUUUAUCACAGUAUGUUGCAUAAACCUUAUUAUAACUGACUUUCCAACAAUCCAUGAAUGCAACUUAUAUAUUUUUAUCUGUGCAUCACAGCAGAUUUUCUCAGAUUUGAUUGCAAAUUUUACCUCGAAUUUUGUCAACACGCCUAGACAGAUAUCUGAAUGUUAACUUUUAACAUUAAAUUUUACCUUUAAAAUUCAAAUGAUUUUAAAUGAGGCUGCUGCACAAGAUAUAAAAUGCUUAUUUAGAUGUGAAUUUUGAUUGUUUUCAGUUAGGUUGUACUGUUAUAAGGAUUAGCGUUUAAUGGAAAAAUGUUUUUAGUCUGAGAAACAUCUUUUAAUAAUUAAUCCCUAAAAGAUCUUGCUGUAGACAAAAAAAAAUCAACGCCCUGGCAUUAACAACUCUGUUAAAAGGAAUUGCAGGCAAGUUGUUUGUACACUUAUAAUUUGUACAUUGUGCAAUAAUCUUUUUGACGGAAACAUUCAGGCCAAUAUAUAUUAUAGCCCUCAAUCAUACCUGUUUUUGUCAUUGGUGCAUCUAGAUUUUGAGUUCAUGCCUGAAUCUGUUCAUCUAGGCUUUGUUGGCUGCAUGACUCCAAGUAGCCUGCGAUGCUAGAUACUGUUAACAUGUCGAAGAAUUUAUUGUAGCCUCUACUUGUUAUUUUUAGGCAGCUCGCUUACUGCAAGUGUUUUUCAUUUAACCAUGUUGCCCUGAAAACUUGAGUGAGAAUACCCAGUUAAUGGCAAAUUCUGAUGUUUUGUCAGGCUUUCUAACCCCAUUUCACUGAGAAGGCGCAACUGCUUUUAGGGAGAUUUAUAUCUCAUCUGCGCUGAUUAGAUUCAAGUCCACGCCCCAGAAAUGUAAAGGGAUUGUAAUACUCCACUGUGUUAGCUGGUUCCUGUCAUUGGGGUACAACAGCAGCAACGAAAGAAACAUGGAAAAUUCAUUUUUGUUGCCAAUCCAGUCAUAAGAGAUUGGAAAAUUUUGAAUGUCUGAUGUUGCAAAAUCCAAUCCUUCCACGCCUUAACUGUUUUGAAACUGUGACUGUCAGGUAAUUCCAAGUUGUUUAUUUAAAAAUGUCUGAGAGAUCAGUAAACUAAAAUUUGGUGAGUAGUUGAAUCAUACAGGCCAGAAAAGCCCCAAUUAGCUGAUUUGAGAUGGGAAACAGCAGGGACAUUACAAGUGGCUUCAGUGCCUGGCGUUAAGCAGGGAACACUUGGCCAGGGUUCGUGCUCUGAUUACUCUCCAGUCAUUUCCACUGGAAAGGAAAGCACGUUGUAUUUUAUGCAACUGCCAUGCCACAAUUAAUACACACAAACUCUACCUCUAAUUUUGACCUUUACUUUUGUUUACAUUGAAAUUUUAGUUGAAAAGAAUAUGUAUCUAGAUACUAGUAUAUGGUAUUGGGAUGAUCCCAUUUCAGUAACCAAGUGCUAGAUCAUUGUUAGUUUGCUGUAAAUUUUAAUACAGUAUAUUUGCACAAUAUCAGGAUAGAAGAUUGGACGAAAGAUAUGUGCAUAUUAUUUGAAAAAUUGCACUGUGCUUUUGGUAAAUUGAGGACCAAGUAUUAUCCCUUCUAUUAUAAUUCAUAUAAAUUUUGAUCUGCAUUAUUCCGUUUUUCGAAUCUAUUGCUAAAAUUUUUCUUGCUUUGCGUUUCUGUUUUACUGGUUUUCCCCCAACCACUUGGGUAGGUUUACUGGUUGGGAGGUAUGCUUUCAAGUAGACUGGUGAAGAAAAUGUCUGCACUCUACAGAUAUAUUUCUAGAUACUAGAAAUUCUAUGAUCUGGUUUUUGAUGCACGGUAAUAAACCUUUUUAGUCCAGUGACAACUGUCAACCGAAUAUAUUGGAAAUGAAAACAAAUAACCAGAUUAUAAGAUAUCGAUGUUGUGUAUGUAUAGUUUUAGAAAAACUGUGAAUUAAAAUAAUUCUUGCGGUCCAAAGCAUUUCUACUUUCUGAUCCAAAUGAGUAAUUUGGAAAAAUACCAGAGUAACAAAUGAUGUUUUUCUCUAUUCAGCAAAUAUUAGUAUAGCAUUCAAAAAUACUUAGGGGAGACUAAGAUCAAAUUAGUUUUUUGCAUCAGUGAAUAUGUACUAAUGCUCUACAUGCAAAAUUUACAGAAAAGUAACUUUGUCAGAUCUCCAUGUAGCAAAUAAUUUUACUUCUGUAGUCAUUGGCCAGAGGAGCAUCAAUGUGUGGCUUCAACAACACGGGCCUAGUUAGUAUUUUUUGACACUGUGUAGUGUUGCCUGUUGUUGGUUUGUUCAGAAUAGUUUAUUUUAUGAUCCCCAUAACUAUUCAAUCUCUUAGUUACUUCUGUGUCAUGUUUUCCUUGAUAAGACUGUUAUCCUACAGUUAGACAUUUAUGUAAAUGCAAAAGCUCAUUUAGGCUAGCUUACCAAAAAUAAAGUUGGCAUUUUCCAAAAAAAAAA